AAAUUUCAAUAAUUUAAGAAAAUGUUAUAGUUUAAAACCCAUUUUUCCUAAAUUUUUGGUUAAGUUUUUUUUAUUGCAAAUUAUAAGAAAUAUGCAAAAAUUGCGGAACUUGUUUUCGAAAAGACAUUCACGACGUUCAACUUCAUCCAGUAGCGCUCAUAAUUCCCCACAUAAUGUAAACGAGCGUUUGAGUGAUUCGCCACGUACAAAGGAGCGUAUUCGAAUCCGGGUUAUUUGUCCCAGUGCUCGCAUUCUUGUAUAUCAAUCAGAUACUAAUAAGCACUUAAUUGAGUUAAAAAAUGAGAUUAUUCUUGAACUGUCUGACGACAUGGCUUCAGUGUCAUUGUUCUCGACUGAUUUGCGUUUAGUUGCGCCUCGUUAUAGGCUUUUUCGGGCUGAAUUCGAAGGUGUUGAAUUAGACGAAAACCGUACUCUAAAACAACUUAAUAUAAAAACCAACGAGACUUUGGUGUUAGUGAUUAAAAGACAUUUUUUGGCAAAUAACAUGCCCAAUUCAAAGGAUAUGACACCACCGCGUAUAUAUGAAGUAGACAUGGCAACAAGAAAUCUACCAUCUCAUGUCACCAAUCUUCCAAUGAUUGAUGUUAAUGAAAUAUUCCAACAAGCCAAUUUACAUUUUGAAGUUCGUAAAGUUUUAAUAUCACUGGCGCAACUAUCAGCCACUAUAGUUGGAGCUAGUCCUUAUGCGGAUCGGAUUAUAGCUAUGUUAAAACAAAAACUUAUAAAUAAAGUAAAUGAUGAGAAUGAUAUACUGCAGUGUCUUGUUGAUAUGGGAUUUACAAGAGAAAGAUGUGAAUAUGCUUUAAAAACCAACAACGGUGUGUAUGCAUUGGCUUUAGAAUGGUUGAUUCAAACUCAAAAUGAAGAUUUGUCGAAAAUAGAUGAAGUUAUGGGCUUACAGAGAAGUGAAUCGCUUAUGUCUCCUUCCGAUAUUGUAACAAAUAAUAGUGUAUUGGAAAACAUAGCAGCACUUUUGGAAAUUGUUCGAAUAUUUAGCCACCGCGAUGUGCCACCUAGACUAGAUAUAGUUAAUGAAAUAGUUGAAAUGGGAUUUGAACGUAAUGAUGUGUUUACUGCUUUGAAAAAAACCUGUAAUAACAAAGCAGCAGCUUGUGAAUUUCUCUGUGGCAUUCGUAGCCCUAGUUUACUUGAGCUUAAGGAAGGAUUAGCACACAAUUCUCCAUUACUGAAAUCGAUAUUAGAGAUGCCGCAAGUUCAAAUUAAUUUGGGAAAUCCAAAAAUUUUUUUGACAUUUCUCUCUAUACUGGAAAAUGAAAGUCUGUUACGUCUUUGGGGUGGAGAUAGUGAUUCCAGUUCAGUUAUAUCAAAUAUACUUCAACGAUAUCACGAUGUUAAACAUGCUUUGGGCAUGAAUCAAUUCUAUUCAAAUCGUUUUGAAGGUACUAACUAAUAUUCUUUGAACCUAUAUUUUCGAAAGUGGUUGAUAUACACGAAAUUGUCUUCAGUACGAGAUAAGCC